UGUAGCGAACCGAUGUUUUUAUUGGAACAAAAAAGAAAAAUAAAAUAGUGCAAAUAAGAAUUUUUUAGAAAAGAAAAAAAAAAUAUUUAAAUAAUAUUGCGAAUUGAAAUUUAUUAAAAAAGUAAAGAAAAAAUAUUAGACUGCUGUGUUUUGUUAUAUGCGUUUUCUUUUUAUAUUCAACCUAUAUUUUGUUUGUUUUGUGCCACCGAGUACGUGAUUGUCGUAGCAUAAAAUGAUGGAUAGGUUCAAAAAUGCACUUGAACAUGCGCUUUUAAAUAUGGAAAGAUACAAUCCCAAUUUGAGAUCAAAGGAAUCAAUACAUAGUGCAUUUCUAUUAUUUGUAAAUACAACAGAACGUGAAGUAAAUGUAUAUUGGGUUGAUUAUCAAGGUAGAUUUGUUCAAUAUAAGAAAUUAGAACCAGGUGAUCGUACAGUCAUAAAUACAUUUUCAACACAUCCAUGGAUAUUCCGUGAUUCAAAUAGUGGUGAAAGAAUGCAUGCUGAAAAUAAAGAAGUAUUUUGGCCAAAACCAUUUUUUUCUGAUUCACAUCUAAGUAAUAAUAUACCAGAAUCAAAACGUAAACAGAUUCAUAUACAUUUUCCAUUACGUUCGUUGAGAGAAAAUUCAUUGUGGGCCAUCGCAAAACUAAUACGACCAACUUAUAUAGAUCAAUUAGAAAUUCCAAUGGUUUUAAAAGUAGAGCUAAGAGAAGUUUACAAAGAUUAUAGAAAUUUUAAAGCAUCAGCAGCAGCUUACAAUUUUUAUAGAAGAUAGUAAG